GACUUUACGCCUUUGCGGUCUCCAUAUAAAGUCGUGUGUGUGUGUGAACGCUGCAGCAGGACUCAGUAUUCAGCAGCUCUCCAAAAGUGAAGUGCUCAUCCACCAAGUGUCAGUCAUGAAGCUCAUCCUGGUUUUCGUUUUGGCUGUUUUCGCUGGUUGCGAUGCCAAAGCCAUGCAGCAGAACCAGCCCAAGCCGCAGGUGGACAUGGUCAAAGAUGCCUUUUGGGACUAUGUUGCCAAGGCAACAUCGACAGCUGGAGACUCACUGGCGCUGAUCAGACAGUCGGAUCUUGGAAAGGAAAUCAACACCCUGAUUUCUGGGAGCAACGAUGCCAUCAACAGGUUCACAGAUGUUCUCCGCACUCACGUGACCCAGGACUUCACGUCGCGCUUCUUCGAGCAGGCCGAGCAGCUAAAGAGCCGCCUGGAGAAGGAUCUGUCGGCCAUGAGAGCCCACUUGCAGCCGUAUGCCGACGAGGUGGUGACGCACUUCCAGGAGCAGGUGGAGGACCUGAAGAAAGAGGUGUCCUCUUACGCCGAGACCAUGGACUCGGAGGCUCUUAAAGCCGUCCUGCUGAGGAAAAGCCAGGAACUGAAGAGCCAUCUGGACAGAAACGUCGAGAAGCUGCAGACUCAGAUGAUUCCUUACACUGAGGAACUUAGGCAGAAGAUGGAGAAUAGCCUGGAGGAGUUCCAGAAGAACAUGAUGCCCCUGGCCCAAACGUUUCACAGCCAGCUGAGGGAGAAGACUCAGGAGAUCCAGGAGAAGCUGCUUCCUUACGGGGAGGAGCUGAGGGCCAAGCUGGACAUCGACACCCAGAACCUGAAGGAGCAGCUGGCUGCUCUCUGGGAGUCCUUCACGAAGCUGACACAGUAAAAAUUAACAAUACCGCUCGCUGGACUCAUGAACAGUGCAAUAUUCUACCUCAUUUUGAUUUGGAUUUAAGUCUGUUUUCUGUUCAUAUUUGACUGUUGCCCACUGCAAUAAACAAUAAAUAUUUUAAAUGUG